AUGAGCUCUGAUACUGCUUCGAGUGAUAAGAAGAGAGGAAAAGCCAAGCCGCCUCCAAACAUCACGCCAGAGUAUAUCGCAGAACAAAGGGCCAAGCGUGAAGCUGCGAAGAAGGCCAAAAGAGAUGCGCUCAUUGCUCAAGGCAUAGAUCCCGAUGAGCUUGCGAUUCCAAAGGAUCUCAGGUUCAUAAAGAGACCAAUUCUACGAGUCCCGGGGCUGAAGCCACGGAGCAACGCUUUCAAGGUGUCUAUAAUGACCUACAACGUAUUGGCACAGGCUCUGAUUCGAAGAAAGCUGUUCCCAACCAGUGGGAAUGCCGUGAAGUGGUUCAAGAGAUCACAGGUUUUGCUGAGCGAGUUCAAGCACUAUGACAGUGACGUCCUGCUGCUCCAGGAGGUUGAUUAUGUGCAGUACAAGUCCUUCUGGAAGGCCGAGCUGGCUAAGCUGGGCUAUGAUUCGCAGUAUAACAGAUGGGGAGAAAAGAACCACGGAGUUGCGAUCUUCUUCAAGGCGAAGCUGUUCUUCAUGACCGACAGAAUGAAUAUCGACUACGAUAAGGAGCCCAGUGGUGAGGUAGAACCGAGAACUGUGACGAAGAACGUUGGCUUGGUGCUGGCUCUCCAGUUCCAGAAAUCCGUCCUGGCUCAAUACCCAGAUACUGACAAGAAAGGUAUACUCGUUGGCACAACACAUCUCUUCUGGCAUCCAUUCGGCACAUAUGAGAGAACCAGGCAGACCUACGUGAUACUGAAGAAGUUCAGCGAGUUCGAGCAGAGGGUGAAACUGCUACAGGGAGGCGAGUGGUUUAACUAUUUUGGUGGUGAUUUCAACUCUCAGCCCUUUGACUCCCCAUACUUGUCAAUGACAUCCAAACCAGUGGUCUACGACGAACGCUGUAAAAGAGUGAUUGAGUGCUCCACAUCUUUCCAGUACUCCAAGCUCAGAGAAGGCGUUGAUGAUGAGGAUAACGACGAAGAAGGUGGCAACAUUGAGAAAUUUGGGGAGAACCAGCCAAAGGACCCAGUGCCAGAUGAGUUCGUAGCCACGGAGGAACAGCAACAAUUGGUGGUGAAGAUGCAAAACCUGCACAACAAUCUGCCCAUGAGAGCCAUCUCGUUAUACUCUGUUGCCUACAACCUGGUCCAUCCAGAGAACUCGGGCCUGGAUAACGAUGCUGGGGAGCCAGAGAUCUCGAAUUGGGCCCAUGCCUGGAGAGGGUUGUUGGACUACAUCUGUUUCAUUACAUCAUGGGAACCAAGCACGAGUUCGAAAGUGGAAACAUUAGAGGAGUUUGAAUCUCUGACACACACCAGGGUCACUGGGCUGCUGAGGAUGCCACCAGCGAGUGAGAUGACUGAACAUGGCCAACCUCACGAGGGUGAAUACCCGAGCGACCACCUGUGUAUGAUUGCAGAAGUGGAGCUGCUGAUGUAA